UCUGAUGAUCCGCGGAGCCGGAUUUCUACCGUGUCCCUCCCUCCCUUACACCGCCCACUCCUCCUGCUCUUAUUUCUCGCCGCAUCCCUCUCGACUGCGGGGAUGGAGAAGUGCUACAAACUAGAAGGGGAACACUGACGACCCGAGUCGCAAGAAGAACGCGAAGGGGAGAGGACCGUGAAGCGGCCGUGAAGCGGAAGCACAGCAACCAUAUGCUCGGUGUAAAAAAAAAAAAAGCGGCUGCUGACAUUUAACUGAAACUUGUUUCCGACUAAACCACACCUUCGAUUCAUUCAUCGUUUUUUUAAAAUUAUUAUUAUUUAUUUUUUUAACGGCGUGCCUUCACCUGUUUGGCCAGUUAGUCGCUGACUGCAGCAGCCUGAAGACGCAUCACGUGACGCGCUGCAGGUUGGGAGCACAAUUCAAUUACAUUGUCAACUUGUUCAAACAGAAGAACCGCAGUACCGACCUUUUUCCCCACCCCCGGUACUCAGCCAUGUCUGGACGGACCGUGACCAUCCCGGACGACCGGGCGUUCGCCAGCUUCAAGUCGGAGUGUCUGUGCGAGGAGGGCUGGAGUGGGACCUACGACAAGUCGGGCAUCACCGUGUGGACCCAGGCGCUGGAGGAGGGCAAGUCGGUGCACAAAAUAAAAUGUCGGAUGAUCUGUAAGGAGGUGUCAGCUGAGACCAUGUAUGAUGUCCUGCAUGACGUUGAAUACAGAAGGAAAUGGGACACAAACGUCAUUGAGACCUUCGAUAUCGGCAAACUUACGGUCAACGCGGACGUUGGUUAUUACUCAUGGAAGUGUCCAAAUCCACUCCGUAACAGAGACUUCGUCACGCUUCGCUCCUGGUUGCCAAUAGGGAAGGAUUACAUCAUCAUGAACUACUCGGUGAAACAUGCGAAAUAUCCGCCUAAAAAGGACAUGGUCAGAGCUGUAUCCAUACACACCGGCUACAUGAUCCAGAGCCAGGGACCCAACCACUGUGUCCUCACGUACAUGGCACAGAUAGAUCCACGAGGUUCUUUACCCAAGUGGGUUGUCAACAAGUCUUCCCACUUCUUUGCUCCUCGCGUAAUGAAGAAGAUCAACAAAGCAUGUUUGAAGUAUUCCGAGUGGAAGCAGAAACACAACCCGGGAUUCAAACCUUGGCUCUACCCUGAACAGACUACAUUACCCAGCAUUCCACUGUCGGAGCUGAGCAUUCAGCAUGCCGAGAGCCUGGAAAAUAUUGACGAAAGCUCCCUGGCUGAGGCCCAUGAGAGGGAUGACAGUGACUAGCGCACUGAAGUCAAACCCGGGUCAUGUAUUCAUACACACACAUACACUGAUGCAGGGAUGCAUGCAUGCCUGUUACACAAUUACAUGUAGAUGAGGUUCAUUUCACACACGCACAGACACCCUGUACUUUUCAAUAUAUAUCUUCUCAUACUCUCAAAACAUGUAUGGAAGCGUUCAUGCAAACACGCUCCAUAUUGUUUUGCAUACUGCAUGCACCCACUUGCAUUGGGCUGUAAGUACUUUUGUCUUUUACAGCUGGGUAAAUGUUUGUGAAAAGAGUUCAAACAAAGUCUGCAAACAGGAUCCAAAAUAGAUUGUUAGGGGAAGAAAUGUUUUCUGCAACAUUUACUGUUCAAAUGUUUACACACUCUACCUUUCAUUCAAAGCGAAGCCAAAACUAUGUAUUCCACAAUGUUUUUGAUUCAUACACAGUACAUUUAUACACUCAGAAAGGCAUACAUGUACAGUCACUUCUACCAUUCAGUGUACAACCCCUGGCAAUAAUUAUGGAGUGUUAGAGGAUGUUAAAAAUAUUAUGUAGUCACUCAAUUCUGAAGAGUAAUUUUGGAAUGAUCAAAAAACACUUUGUUGAACCACUUCUGGCUUUUAUAACCAAUCAAUAUCCUUUAUUUAACCAGGUGAAAACUCAUUGGGAUUGAAAUCUGUUUUUUUCAAGAGUGACCUGGCCAAGAGGGCAGCAAAACAAAGUACCAGGAAUACAUAUAACAACAACAAAAUUCAGCAGCAUUCACACACCACAGUUAAAAAAAAUUAUUACUUACAUAUAUAAGCAUAAAAACACGUUAUAGGUUAAAAAAAUAAUAUAAAAUGUUUUUUGUAAAAACUAAUGAAAAACAAGAACAAUGCCCAAUAGUAGGCCUCUGCGAUAUUUCCUGGAUAUAUAAUCUCUGAUUAUUCACAAACAACUUGAUAUAUGAUUUUUCCCGAUGUUUCCCCCAACUUUUUAGAGAAACCAUUGAAUACAAAUAAAGACAGAGAUCAUUCAAAACUAAUGUUUGCUUUAUCUGAUCAAAAACUAGUAGAUCAAAAUGAUCACAUAUAUAUAUAU